CAGGGUGAUCGAGUCCACUGCGCAUGUGCGGCUGUGUAUGCCACGUACAGGUCGAGUCACUUCCGGAUGUGUAGUGCUACUCGGAGCUAGUCCAGUGGAGACUGGUUCUACCAAAACACUGUUUACCGCUGCGGGAUCAACAGCAAAAACUCCAGCAGUAUGAAUGGGCAGCUGGACCUGAGUGGGAAGCUGAUCAUCAAGGCUCAGCUGGGCGACGAUAUCCGCCGCAUCCCCAUCCACAAUGAAGACAUCACCUACGAUGAGCUCCUGCUCAUGAUGCAGCGCGUUUUCCGCGGCCAGCUCCAGAGCAGCGACGAAGUCACCAUCAAAUACAAGGAUGAAGAUGAUGACCAUAUCACCAUCUUUGACAGCUCUGAUUUGUCCUUUGCCAUCCAGUGCAGCAGAAUAUUAAAGCUCACUCUGUUCGUGAACGGGCAGCCGCGGCCGCUGGAAUCGUCUCAGGUCAAGCACCUGCGCAAGGAGCUGAUCCAGCUGAGGAACAGAAUCAACAGCCUGCUGGACAGCCUGGAGCCUCCCUCAGAGCCUGCACUGGAGAGUAACAACCCUGAGACUGAAUGUGUGGAAGCUGUAGAUGGAGCAAUGAGGCAGGCUCCGCCGGUCAGCGCUGCCAGCAUGUCUGCCUUUGACCCCCUGAAGAACCAAGAAGAAGUCAGCAAGAACGUCAUCUCAGCUUUUGGCCUGUCGGAAGAGCCUGGUCCUGCUCCAGUUGUAGCUGCAGUGGAAGAGCGCUCUGGCACUCCUGACAGUAUUAAUUCAUCCUCUUCUGCUGCACAUCCUCCUGCUGGCACGGCUCAGGGCGCCCCACCUUACUCAGGGGUACAGCAGAAUCCUGCUACAGGAAUUGAUGGUCAGAUGUAUCAGCAGUAUCAAGCUCCAGGUGGAUAUCCUCCUCAGCAGCCAGCCGCUCCUCAGCAGCAGUAUGGCAUGCAGUACACAGCAGGCUACACUACUCAGCCUGGUGGUCCUCAACCCCCUCCACCUCAGCAACAGUUCCAGAAUUACCCCACCCCUACAUCUCAGGCUGCUGCUCCUGGCUCCGCCCCUGGAUUUAGUGGCCAGUCACAGGCUCCGCCCCCUCCCCAGCCCCAAGGUACAGGCCAGUAUGCACCGCCUCAGUUUCCUGCUCAGACCUACACUUCCCAGGCCUCCCAGCAGCCAGCCAACUACAGCCUGCCACCCAAUUCCCAACCGGCCCCAGGGUAUCAGUCUCGUCCUGCAUACACCCCGCCCCCAGGUGUGACCCCACCACCAGGGGGCUCCAAUCCUUAUGCUCGCAACCGCCCCCCUUACGGCCAGGGCUACACCCAGCCUGGCCCUGGCUACCGGUAAAAAAAAAAGAAAAAAACAGCUGAAGCACUAGAGUAGAACAGAUCAAACCCCAACGCCCUGAGUUUGAUGUUUUUUUUGUGUGUGUGUGUGUGUGUGUGUGUGUGUGUGUGUGUGUGUGAGAGAAUGUAGAAGAAUUGAAUUUGCGUGUGGUGGCACAGAUGAGACCAAUUGAUGUAGGAGUUGAGAGCUCUGUGUGUUAUUGGAGUGAGAACAACCUGUGCAUGUGUGUUUUGGUGUGCUUUGGCGUGAGCGUUUUAUUUUAACACUUGUCUACUCGUUGGUGUUAUCGUGUGUUAAAUCAUGAGUCAGCUUUCUGUUAAAACACUAGAUAUAAUCAUAACUGAAGGAAAGUACCUUGUUAAAUUCUCUCCCCCAUUCAUUCUUUCCUUUUCGUCAUUCCCUUUCUCCUGGUUUUUAUUAAUACCUGACUGGCCCUGUUCAGUGGCCCAAGUCAUUCUGUAUAAACUGUAACAUUUGUUUUCUGGAGGUGAAUAAAGACUUUAAAACUAAA